AUGGGCUAUUCAAACAGAGACUAUGUGCAGAAAGCGCGGAAGUUUCUGGAUUCCAUCAGAGCUAUGUCUCUGACCCAAUCAUCUUCUUCAUACUGUAAUAACUGUGUGCAGCGUAGUGUUCCCUCUUCUCGCACCCAAGCUUUAAGACCCAUUUGUGAUUGUGGGGAAGCUGCAGUUCUGAGGAUAGCAAGAACUCCGAGAAAUGUGGGUAGAAAGUUCUGGGGUUGUACUAACUACAAGAGUGAAGGUGGUGGUGUUUGCUGCAAUUUUUUUAAAUGGUGGUAUGAAGACGUUGAUGAAGAAAAAGAAGUUAUUAUUGUGAACCAAAACAUGAAGAUAGAAGAUCUCGAGAAUGUAGUUAGGGUUCUGAAGAAAUGGUUUAAUGUAUUAGCAGUAGUGGUUAGUAUUGUUGGGUUGAUAAACGUUGUGAUGUUGGCGUUGAUGCUGAAAAAUUGA